AUGGCGUCCUCAUCCUCUCUCCUCUUCCUCCUCUCAAUCCCCCUCCUCAUCUCAGCCUCUUAUCCUCUCCACUACGAGAGGACCUCCGUCGGUGCUUCUCAGUCACCGUCAUCCGCCACCUCCCUCCUCUCUUCGAUCCUCUCCAACCUAGGGUUCCAGGAGCUCGCCAUGGUCGUCCCCUCCCUCUCCUCCCCCUCCACUGUCCUCUCCUCCCCCUUCUCCUCCUCAGUUACCCUCUUAUCCUCCAAACUCAGCUUCAGCAUGAAGCUCAAGAUGAUCUCCCCAAACCGCUGCCUCACCGUCACCUCCACCGUCGUUGGAUCCGUCAACUCCGGAUCCAACUCCACCGUCAAGAUCUUCGUCGACGGAGUCGAGAUCAGCCGUCCUGAUCUCUUCAACGACGGCAAGAUUGUGAUCCACGGCAUCCAGGGCUUCAUCGCCCCACUCUCCCCCUUCUCCUGCCUCUUCCGACCGUUAUCGCUGAUAUCGCUGCAGCUGGAGCUGGACCCGGCUGCCGGAUCUAUGGAGGUCGCUGCCGUGAUGCUGCGAGACGCUAUCGUGCGCCUCUCCGCAGCGGGAGGAUACAGCAUCCUCGCUCUGGCGAUGCGGAUCAAGGGCCCAGAGCUUGUUGGGCUCCAGAACAUGACUGUGUUUGCGCUCGACGAUCCGUCUAUCUUCGGCGGAGGACACGCGUACAUCACCGAGGUUAGGUUCCACGUGGUACCAAAUCAGCUACUGAUGCACUCAGAUCUGGUGAGGCUGCCAGUUGGAACCGUGCUUCCAACGCUAGUAAGAGGUCAGCAUCUUGUGGUAACUCAGGGCGGCAUUUCGGAGCCGUUCGGAUCGGGGCUAAGGAUCAACUACGUGCCGAUCAAGAACCCGGAGGUUGUAUCGAACAGCAAGAUCGUGGUCCACAGCCUGUACUUCCCGUUCCCUCACAUGUACCUCGCUGAUCAGGCGUAUGCGAUGCCGGUGGAUUCUGUUGAAGGAAUAUUGGAGAGCUCCGAUGCUGCUGUGGCCCCUGGCGUUGCCCCUGUCUGUGGAUCUCCGGGGAGCCCCGGUGGCUGUAAGAUGGCGCCUGCUCCUGCUCCUGCUCCUGCUCCUGCUCCAGCUGCUGUUUCUGGGCAUUUGGUUGCUAAUGCUGGACAUGACGAGAAUAUGGCGAGAGGAUCUGAGUUUCUUAAUCCUUACGUUUUGUGUCUCCUUGCUGCGACGUUUGUUGUGUGUUCCGUUUAAAAAUUGGGAAGUAGGUUGAUGAGAAUUGCUCGGAUCGAGUUGAUGUACGUCUGUGUGUUCUUGAAUCUAGUCUUUCUUGAAAACUAAUCGAUCAAUGGAAUUGGUUAUA